AUGCCGGUCCCGCUGAAGACAAUGUUUUUCAUUUUUGCCGUUUGUCUGAUUGCAGUCCUCUGGAGAGACACGUUUGAUCCAGAGUCUGUUCGUUGUGCCAGGGUGCUGGUGACUGGGGCCAGCACAGGCAUCGGAGAACAGCUGGCAUACCACUAUGCCAAGAUGGGCACCCAGGUCGUCAUCACGGCCAGGAGGGAGUGCCCCUUACAGAAGGUGGCAGCGAAGUGCACAAGCCUGGGGGCUCAGAAGGCUCUGUAUGUGACAGGGGACAUGUCCCAGUCCUCAGCCCCAGAGAGAGUGGUGAGGAUGGCUGUCGAACAACUGGGAGGUCUUCACAUCCUGGUUCUAAAUCACAUUGGAUCCACCCCAUUCGCCAUGUGGAACGGAGAUGGGGAUCACAUCAGGGAACUGAUGCAGUUGAAUUUCCUCAGCUAUGUGAACAUGGCUUCAGCAGCUUCACCAGUACUGGAGCAGAGUGCAGGGUCUAUGAUCGUAGUGUCAUCUCUGUUGGGUAAGAGAACCACUCCUUUUGUGGGGCCCUACGCGGCCACCAAGUUUGCAGUGAACGGUUUCUUUGGUUCCAUGCAGCAUGAGCUAGCCAUGCAGCGCAGCAAUGUGUCUCUGACCAUCACCACACUGGGCCUGAUAGACACAGACUCAGCCAUGGACAAAAUCAGAGGAUAUACCAACACGGCCUACCCAGCCAACGAUACUGCCCUCCACAUCAUCAAGGCCGGGGCCACACACCAGAAGGAGUCAUUUUACCCUGGAUACAUCUACUUCGCCUGCUUGUGCAGAGACUGGUUCCCCUUCUUCAGAGACAUCAUCAUCCAGAACUCCUACACAUACUGAAGGAGCCACCAUACCCCGAGUUAAGGAAGCACAUAAGCCUACAGGAACGUGUGUGUCCUCAGGCCAAGAAUAGCAAAGCACCCUUUACUGGCUCAGCUGCCUUACCAACCUUUGAGUAAACAAAUGAACAACAGAUUUCAACAUGGUUAUAGGGAAGGGCAUUCAACAUGUACGGACGGCACUUACACAAAUUACUGAUGAUUGGAUGAGAUAUAUUUAUAAUAAAAAGAUUGUGGGAGUUGUUUUGUUAGACUUCAGUGCAGCUUUUGACAUUAUUGAUCAUAAUCUACUGCUUUACAUCCCCUGCCAUAUUGUGGAUGGAAAGUUACCCGUGUAACAGAACACAGAGGGUGUUCUUCAAUGGAAGCCUCUCCAACAUAAUCAAGGUAGAGUCAGGCAUUCCCCAGGGCAGCUGUCUAGACCCCUUUACUGUUUUCAAUCUUUACUAAUGACCUGCCACUGGCUCUGAGUAAAGCCAGUGUGUCUAUGUUUGCUGAUGACUCCACACAUCAGCUUCCACAGCAAGUGAAAUCACCGCAACACUUAACUAAGCUGCAGUCAGGUUCAGAAUGGGUGUCAAUA